AGCGCUCCACUGGUAACCCGGAAGUGGUAGUGGAGACUCAGAAGAGAACCACAUGAACGUCGGCGCAACGAUAUAGAAGACGUAGAAACAAAAGUUGCCGGUUGAAAUUUGACGAUUACUCUGUUAAAAAUAUAAAUACUGCAAACAUGAGUCUAUUAAAUAAACCCAAGUCAGAGAUGACCCCCGAAGAGCUCCAGAAGAGGGAGGAGGAGGAGUUCAACACAGGACCCUUGUCUGUGCUCACCCAGUCAGUCAAGAACAACACACAGGUCCUCAUUAACUGCCGUAACAACAAGAAGUUACUUGGCCGUGUCAAAGCCUUUGACAGGCACUGCAACAUGGUCCUGGAGAAUGUAAAGGAGAUGUGGACAGAAGUUCCCAAGAGUGGCAAGGGCAAGAAGAAGUCCAAGCCAGUGAACAAGGACCGCUACAUCUCCAAGAUGUUCCUGAGAGGAGAUUCUGUCAUUGUGGUCCUGAGGAACCCCCUCAUUACAGGGAAAUAAACUGCUGUCUAGUUGCCUGCCUUUGAUAGAGAUGCUAGCAAAGGGCUGUCCUUGUGGAAAUUCUGUGUUGGAUCAUUGUGUGUGUGCCUGUUGUGCACCACAGGUUGGUAGUGGGGGAAGACAAUAACGGCAGACUUUGAAUUGCUGAUCAAUGUGUAAGGCAUGUACAUUUUGUUUUGGGACAUUUUGUCUUGUUUUUUUCAUUUUGCUAAUUAAAGUGGUGGAGAGGAAUUGAAAAGA